AUGAACGAGGGGGAGCUGGCGUCCCUGCCAGCUGUGUGUACGCUAACCCCGAGAGCGCAGCGCAACGGCAGCUCACCGAGGCUCAGCGACGUGUUGGCGGGGAAACAAGUGGCAAGCAGUCGUAAUUCCCCCAGCGCCAUCGUUAGCCGCGGCUCCCAUCAGCCCCCUCCACCCAAGACGCCCGUCCCUCGGGCCUCCCAGGAAGCAACAAACAAACAGACGGCGGUAAACAAAAGCAACGGCACUUCAAACAUCCGAGUGCCCGCUGAUGAAGAGAUGCGGCAGGUCUCCGUCCUGUCAGCUACUGUUAGUCAGGCCAUUCAUCAAAACAUCGGCAGCAGACAUAACCCAGGGGCUCGCUUGGAUACGGUGCCCUGUUUCUCAAAGUGCAAUAGCUUGUCGCCUCCUGUCAAUGUGACCAUCAAAGCGGUGAAAGCAAACUCUGCUGUGGUGACAUGGGACAUCCCCGAGGGAGACCCCGUCAUUGGCUUUGCCAUCACACAGCAGAAGAAAGACGUGCGCAUGCUGCGGUUCAUCCAGGAAGUCAACACCACCACGCGCUCCUGUGCAUUAUGGGACUUGGAGGAGGAGACAGACUACAUCGUGCAUGUCCAGUCCAUCAGCAUGUCUGGGACGAGCCCGCUGAGCGAACCCCUGCGCUUCCGGACGCCGAAGGAGGCCGAGACUCAGGCCUCUAAGAGUAAAGACGAAGUGACGAUGGAGGAAGUGGGCCAGACCACCCAGCUGAGGGCGGGGGAGCUCAUCAUCAUCGUGGUGGUGCUCAUCAUGUGGGCAGGUGUGAUCGCUCUCUUCUGUCGCCAGUACGACAUAAUCAAAGACAACGAGCCCAACAACAACAAGGACAAAGCCAAAAACUCCUCCGAGUGCAGCACUCCUGAGCAUCCGACGGGGGGGCUGUUGCGCAGUAAGUUCCCCAAGAACAACAACAACAACAACAGGAUGCCAUCUGUCAACAUCAUUGAGGUGUGA